AGGAGUCAAGCCACCAGCAGCUCAGCUGGCAUCAUGGCUGACCAGACUGAGAGGGCAUUCCAGCGGCAGCUGGCCGUCCAGCGCGGCUACAACAAGCCCGCAAAGAACAUUGUCGGCAAGGGCGGCAAGCGGUGGUACAAGAAUGUGGGCCUGGGCUUCCGCACCCCCAAGGAGGCUAUUGAGGGCAACUACAUUGACCACAAGUGCCCCUUCACCGGCAAUGUCAGCAUCCGCGGCCGCAUCCUGGCUGGCAAGGUGAAGAGCACCAAGAUGAACCGCACGAUUGUGAUGCGCCGCGACUACCUGCACUUCAUCAAGAAGUACCAGCGGUACGAGAAGCGCCACACCAACAUCUCCGCCCACAUCUCCCCCUGCUUCCGCUGCAACGAGGGCGACAAUGUCAUCAUCGGCCAGUGCAGGCCGCUGUCCAAGACUGUGCGCUUCAACGUGCUGCGCGUCAUCCCCGCGGGCGCCGGCGGCAGCAAGAAGAGCUUCGGUGCCUUCUGA